AUGGGAGGCAACCAGACGUGGAUCACAGAGGUCACCCUGCUGGGAUUCCAAGUUGAGCCAGCCCUGGAGUAUUUUCUCUUUGAGUUUUUUUCUGUGUUCUAUAUCUUUACCCUGCUUGGGAAUGGGAUAAUCCUUGGAAUGAUAUCCCUGGAACCCAGGCUACACACCCCCAUGUACUUCUUCCUCUCACACCUGGCCAUCCUUGACAUGUUCUAUGCUUCCAACAAUGUCCCGAAGAUGCUGGCCAACCUUGUGAACCAGAAGAGAACCAUCUCCUUUGCUGCAUGUAUCAUGCAGACGUUCUUCUAUUUGGCCUUUACUGCUACAGAGUGCUUGAUUCUGGCAGCCAUGUCCUAUGAUCGAUACGUGGCCAUCUGUCACCCCUUACACUACACUGUCAUCAUGACUUGGAGAGUGUGCACCAUCUUGGCUGCUGCUUCCUGGGGGGUUAGCUUACUCUUAGAUAUGGUUCAGGUAACCCUUAUCCUGAGGCUGCCCUUCUGUGGGCCUCAUGAAGUCAACCACUUCUGUGAAAUCCUGUCUGUCCUCAAGCUGGCCUGUGCUGACACGACACUCAACCAAACCAUCAUCUUUGCAGCCUGUGUGUUCAUCUUAGUAGGGCCCCUCUGCUUGGUGCUCAUCUCCUACACCCGCAUCCUGGUGACCAUCCUGAAGAUCCAGUCCCGUGUGGGCCGCAGGAAGGCCUUCUCCACCUGCUCCUCCCACCUCUGUGUGGUCGGGCUCUUCUUUGGCAGUGCCAUCGUCAUGUACAUGGCCCCCAAGUCCCGCCAUCCUGAGGAGCAGCAGAAGAUCCUUUCCCUGUUUUACAGGCUUUUCAACCCUGUGCUGAAUCCCUUGAUCUACAGCCUGAGGAAUGCUGAGGUCAAGGGUGCCCUAAGAAGGAUGUUGUGGAAGGAGAAGUAG